AUGUCGGGAGAGAGAGAGAGAGAGAAAUACGAUUCAACGUAUUUGAAGUCAACAUCUGGUGCCUAUCACCUAUUGAAGAACCACACUACAGAGAAGUUAAAACAGUGCAGUGACUCGAAAAAUAACGUCCUUCGGAUUUUUCUGUCCGCGGAGCUUGGUGCAGGCACGGGACUGUGCGGUCUUACCGCCCUUAAGUGUGGAGCUGCUUGGACUACCUUCUCGGACUUGCACGACGAACUAAUUGUGGAAAGUUUGAAUGACAGUUGUCGCAAAAACGACGUCACCACGUUUAACUUCAUAGCUUCCGAUUGGAACGACGUGCCGUCUGAACUCUUGAACGUUGACUUUGACCUCAUCCUUGCGGCCGACUGUAUGUUUGAUAAGAAAGGUACUUUUUUUCUUGAUCUUACCAUCGAAUACGCAAUCCGCCCUACUUCAGUUGUCUGCGAAGUUGUUGUGCACCGUGCUAGGGACUUAUCCUUUUGGGUAGAUCUCAUUUAUACUUGCUGUUCUAACUAUCUUGUAUUUUUAUAUAUUGCAAGACUGACUGUUUAUACUUUCGGCAGAAUUUCAAUAGUGUGUAAAGGGCUACGGCUUGUCGAAGCGCCUUUCCAUGAUACUAUGCCCACCCUCAAAUUUUAUGUCAUCCUCCCGUCCUCAGAACAAGUUCGCAAUUAUAAGUGUAGUUCACCAUCGUAA